AUGUCUUCUUUUUUCAAGGGAUUUUCCGGCAGUUCGUUGGUGGACAUGAGUGGCGAAGUCGUUGCAAUCAACCUAAAAGCUGGCGAAAAGAGAAGUCAUGUCACAAUGUCUCUACCUCUUGCGGCUGUCUCCAAAUGCCUUGAGGGCUUGAAAUGCAUUGAGGACAUAGAAAAUUUGAAAUUGGAGCUUUUCUGUUAUCUAAGUGACUUAUAA